UGGGUUGCCAAGGAAGUUGUCAUAUGGCACGGAGUGAGGCAGUUCUCAGUCACCUUCAUCCCUUUGAGCAUGUUUAAUUUGCUAAGCAAGAAGCCGUCAUGGGAGACCUGUUUUCCUUGUUUUGGGAGGUGGAUCCAUCCCCCAUCCCUUUAAGUCUUACCAUUCCAAGCCAGGAAGCUGAGUGCGGGAAGGAUGACUCUUGUGGAACCAUAGGGAGCUUCUUGCUUUGGUAUUUCAUCAUCAUCUUGGUCCUGAUGCUCUGCUCCCGCGCCUCCAUCUGGAUGUCUGAGUGUAAGAAGAAUAAAGAUGCUGGGACGCGCACUUCAGUAAGUAAAGCAAUCAAAGAUCCUCGCUGUGAGUGGCAAAACAAAGAUGGUACCUGGCUCUCUUCACAAAUGAUGAGGAAAUCACAGCAGAGCCAGUUCACCCCUGUAACGGACUCAGAAGUGGCUUUGAUCAAUGCCUAUCUUGAAAAGAAACGAGCCAAACUCCAUUUUCAGUUCAAUCAGGUGAACCAGAACCAUCGCGACAGCGACACCAGCGAGUGCGACACUGGAGAGUCUGACUCGGGCGCCUCCUCGUGGAAGGAGAGUGAAAGUGAACGACCCCCCUCACCAGGCAGCAUUACCAGGAGGAGGAGGAAUCUGGUUAGUUACCAAGUCAGGGAGAGGCCCUGCCUCCACUGCAAGGCCAUUCGAACCGAUGAGUGGCUGACCCGCCAUUUCCUACAGAACAACCUGAUAGCAACCCCCAUGAAGGGGGAUACUCCAGAGGAGGCUUCCAGCCCUGAAAUUAACACAAAAUUCAGUAGUUUUUGAGUUUUGAUCAACUCCUAAUCUUACUGGAAGCCAAUUAAAACAGAUGACUAAAACACGAGAACUCACCACAGCCCUGGGAGGGAGAGACUUGCCAUGAAGUCUCUGUACUAGCCGCAAAAACAUGCUUGAAGCCCAAGAGGUACAAUCUCAGAUGAUUUCUUGUUCCAAAAAAAAAACAAGCAAAUUUGUUCAUGGCACCAUUGGAACAUCAAAUGUCUGCUUCCACUAGCCUUUGUUUAAAAGAGCCCAAGACAGAUAUUUUAUACCUUGAGUAUAUGUAUUUUAUUUAUGUCUGUAGUUCAAAUAAGGAAGCUCCUUGAAAAUA